AACGGUGAUCGAUUUCACCGGGAACGGAGAAGAAAACCCUAGAUAUGGCGGAGAAGCUUGCGCCAGAGAAGCGACACGAUUUCAUUCAUAAUGGUCAAAAGGUAUUUGAGUGGGAUCAAACCUUAGAAGAAGUGAACAUGUACAUAACUUUGCCUCCCAAUGUUCAUCCGAAGGCUUUCCACUGCAAAAUCCAGUCGAAACAUAUCGAAGUUGGCAUCAAAGGCAACCCUCCUUAUCUCAAUCAUGAUCUUAGUGCUCCUGUGAAGACAGAUUGCUCGUUCUGGACUCUAGAGGAUGAUAUAAUGCACAUUACCCUGCAGAAGAGGGAGAAAGGGCAGACAUGGGCAUCGCCGAUUCUGGGACAGGGUCAGUUGGAUCCUUACGCCACUGAUCUUGAGCAGAAACGGCUCAUGCUCCAGAGGUUUCAAGAAGAGAACCCAGGAUUCGACUUUUCGCAAGCUCAGUUCACGGGUAAUUGUCCAGAUCCAAGGAGCUUCAUGGGGGCCGCGAUCAUGACGCUAAAUCCUCCUCCGUCGCAGCAAACGCCUCACUCGCCGCGUCGAAUUCCCAAUCGCCGCGUUCUCAUCGUCGGAAAUUACUGCCACGACGUUCUGAUCCAAAACGGAUCAAUUGUUGCUGAAACACUCGGCGGCGCCGCCUCUUUCAUCUCUAAUGUCUUAGAUUCUUCCUCUGUCUCCUGCGAAUUGGUCUCCAAAGUCGGACACGACUUCAGAUACGAGGUCAGCCACUCUCCGAUCGUUGUACCGGAGAAGGAAACCACAGUUUUCGAGGCGUAUUUCGAUCUGGGAAUCGAUGGGAUCGGUCACGCUGAUCGGGUGUUGAAACGGGUCUCUGCAUGUGAUCCGAUUCUUCCUUCGGAUAUACCCGAUUCGAGAUUCGAUUUUGGGAUGGCUGUUGGAGUCGGCGGCGAGAUUUUACCGGAGACGCUUGAGAAAAUGGUGGAGAUUUGCGAUGUUGUUGCUGUGGAUAUUCAAGCUUUGAUUAGGGUUUUUGAUCCCGUUGAUGGAGCUGUGAAGCUUGUUGAUUUGAAAGAAAGUGGAUUUUUUCACAUCUUGCAUCGAAUUGGAUUCUUGAAAGCUUCAUCAGACGAAGCUCUUUUCAUGGAUAUUGAACAAAUGAAGCAAUUGUGUUGUGUGGUGGUGACUAAUGGUGAAAAAGGGUGUAGGAUAUAUCAUAAGGAUGAUGAAAUGACGGUUCCUCCGUUCUUGGCGAAGCAGGUGGAUCCUACCGGCGCCGGAGACAGCUUUCUCGGAGGUUUGGUAGUUGGGCUUGUAGAAGGUUUGAGUGUUCCUGAUGCUGCAUUGUUAGGGAACCUCUUUGGUUCCAUCACUGUAGAGCAUAUUGGUCAGCCUAAAUUCGAUUUGAUGAUGCUUCAGAGAGUCAAGGAUGAGGUACAGAAAAGGAAGAAGCAAUGUAACCUCUCUAGCAGCCAUAACAAUGAUUACAACGAGUUCCAUGAGCGUCUAAGUCCAGCUCGGUUUUCAUGCGUAGACUCUCAACUUCAACCAAAGUUAUUGGUCAAUGGUCACUCUUGUGAUCGGUGAUGGUGAUCGGUCCCUGUGAAUACGAAUCUUGAAUCACCUUUUUUUUUACUAACAAAGCUCUUCUGAGUUGUGUAAGCUUCCACACGUUGAAGAAUUUUGGAAAUUUUAGUGUAUAAAACGCGAUGACCAGCGUCUUCAAACGCUCUUUGUUGUCGCUAUCGUAAAGUUUCUUUUGCAAGUCCGCGUUUCAAAUUCGAAAUGAAGAUGUCAAAUUUUU